AGCCAAACCAUUUUCACAUAUACUACCUGUAUCUAUACCUCUGUAUUUGCUGCUUCCAUCUCUCUCUUUCAAUGAGGGCCAAUUCUCACCACAUUGGUCCAGAUCGCAUCUCUACCAUUCUCAUUCAAUAGUCCUUCAUUACCCACAUUCUUCUCUAAACACUAAACUUUAAAAAAAAAUAAAAAAAUUACUAUAUUUCACUUGGCAUUGUUGUUUAAUGGUGUUCUAAGAUCUUCAUAUAUUUGCUUAUUGAACUCCUUUUUGUAGAAUUUCAUCACAUUUUGCGUGUUGGGUGUUCUUGAUUUUCGAGUUGGAUCUCAAUUUCUGAUAGACCCAUUAACGAAAUCAAAUGGGUGAGCGUUCGAGAUCAAAGGGAUGGUGUGGAUGGUUUCUUGUUCUGGUGGUGGCGGCGAUUGUGGCGGUUGUGAUUGUAAUCACCGUCAGAAAGAAAAAUGAGUCUUCUGGGCCUGAAUCUGUUCCGGGGCGUCCUGGCUCUCCCGAAAAGAAAUACGCCGACGCUCUCAAAAUCUCUAUGCAGUUCUUCGAUGUACAAAAAUCUGGUAAGUUGGUAAAUAACAAGAUAUCUUGGAGAGGGGAUUCUGGUCUUGAUGAUGGAAAAGAAGCAAAGUUGGAUCUUUCAAAAGGAAUGUAUGAUGCUGGGGAUCAUAUGAAGUUUGGAUUCCCAAUGGCUUUCACUGCCACAGUGCUGUCAUGGGCCAUCCUCGAGUACGGGGAUCAGAUGGAUGUAGUGAGUCAGUUGGAACCCGCUCAAAGCUCUCUCAAGUGGAUUACUGACUACCUUAUUAAUUCCCAUCCUUCAGAGAAUGUGCUCUACAUUCAGGUGGGUGAUGCCGAAGCAGACCAUAAAUGUUGGAAUAGGCCAGAAGACAUGACUGAACCAAGGACUCUGACGCAGGUGAAUACUUCUUCCCCAGGAUCAGAUGUCGCAGCAGAGUACGCAGCAGCAAUGGCAUCGGCAUCCCUCGUGUUCAAGUCUAUCGACUCCACAUAUUCAAGUUCACUUCUUAAGCAUGCCCAACAAUUGUUUAAUUUUGCCGACAAAUAUAGAGGUUCUUACAGUGAAAGCAUUCCCGAAGUCUCAAAGUAUUACAACUCAACAGAUUAUGGGGAUGAGCUCUUGUGGGCUGCUAGCUGGCUGUAUCAUGCGACAGGGGAUAAAACAUAUUUUAAUUAUGUGACGGGGGACAAUGGAAAAUCCUUCGCUAAGUGGGGAAGUCCAAGCUGGUUUUCAUGGGAUAACAAGCUCGCAGGAACUCAGGUUUUGUUGUCCAGGUUAAGCUUAUUUGGGGCAAAAGAUACAGACUCUGAAAACCUUCAGAAUUACAGGAAAACUGCCGAGGCUGUCAUCUGUGGACUCCUACCAAAAUCUCCAACGGCCACAUCCAGCAGAACAGAUAGUGGUUUGAUAUGGGUCAGUGAAUGGAAUGCUUUGCAGCAUCCAGUGGCUUCUGCCUUUUUAGCUUUGCUUUACAGUGACUAUAUGCUUACAUCUCGAACUGCAAAGGUAUCCUGCGAUGGAAAUUCCUAUAAACCAUCGGAUAUUCGGAAAUUCGCCGUUUCACAGGCUGAUUAUGUCUUGGGCGACAAUCCCAUGAAGAUGAGUUUUCUUGUGGGUUAUGGGGAUAAGUACCCCAAGUAUGUGCACCAUAGAGGAGCCUCAAUCCCGGCUACUGCAAAACCUGGCUGUUCUGAUGGUUUCAAGUAUCUUGACUCAACUGACCCCAAUCCCAACGUAGCAAUCGGAGCACUCGUAGGGGGGCCGUUCAAGAAUGAGACGUAUAUUGAUUCACGGAAUAAUUCAAUGCAAGGAGAGCCAACCACAUACAAUAGUGCUGUGAUUGUUGGCCUUCUCUCCGGUUUGGUGACCAAGUCUUCAGUGGUUCAAUCUUUCACCUAAGGCAGCCUUGGUUAGUAGCUGUAUGCACAAUCCAUAUAUCAUCUCUUCGAUAUUCUGUUAACUAGUGUGCUUAUACACGAUAAAACUACUCAAAUGGUACCACUGUGCUUAUAGGUGUAUUUUAUUUUGUUCAAGUAAGCCUCGAAAUAUAAUUCUUUUUCUAGCAGUAAUGUGGCAGUUGUUUGGCAAGUAGGAAAAGCUUUUAGUCUCUUCACAAUCUGAAUGUUUGUAGUGUGUUGUAAAAUCAUGUAAGGUACAACAUUUUGAUCAUUGUUUCAUGCAUGGAGAUAUUCACAUCUAGCAAAUGGUGAAUAAUGUGAUCUAGUAAUGGUGGUUGUGAUGCAAAGAAGAAUCUGAAAAACAAUUAAUGAAAUGAGGUUGUACAGCAUAGGGUUUGGUUAUGACCAUGUUUAUUUUGUCAAAA